AUGUCCACCACCCAGUUUCAGUCAUCUCGACAUGUUCAUACCCUUGAGAAUAUAGCACCUUAUGGCGAUUACAUGGACAAGCUAGACCCUGACCCAACCCCGACCGCUAAUUGGCCUCGCAACAAUUACUUCGAACAAGGGAAGCCAGAGACCAAGACAAGCAAGGGAGGAUUACCUCUGUCCGGGACAAAGGAGCAAAACGAGCCCCAAGAAAUCUACUUCCUGGAAUUAGCUCAGAGUUCGAGGAUUACUAACGGGAGCUUCUUUGGGCAGAAUGGACGGAUUCUCCGCAGCAGGGAUGGUGGCAGGAGCAUCACUGCAGUCGUAACUGGUCUUACGGCUCCUGAUGGUCUUGCAAUAUCGCGGUCCGCCAGUCGCAUGUUUUGGACUAAUAUGGGACUCGAUACAUCUGUUCAAGAUGGGUCGGUGAUGUCUGCAAAUCUCGAUGGGAGCGAUAUGAAAACCAUCAUUCCCGAGGGUUCUGCGUACACGCCCAAGCAACUCACUGUUGACGAUCAGAAUCGGAUGCUUUACUUUUGCGAUCGUGAGGGUAUGAGUGUCCACCGCUGUGAUUUCGACGGCCGGAACCACGAGAUUCUGGUCCUCCGCGGAGAUUGCAAAACCAGCGAUAAAGAAGACCAAACGCGGUGGUGCGUGGGUAUAGCCGUUGAUGUCAAGGACGGGAAAUUCUAUUGGACACAGAAAGGGCCCAACAGAGGAAAUAAAGGAAGAAUCUUCCGUGCGAAUAUCGAUAUGCCUUUUGGUGAAAAUGCUCUUGAUCGGUCAGAUAUUGAGACAUUGUUCCGGGGACUUCCCGAGCCUAUUGACCUGGACUUUGUGUCUGAGACGCAGACGCUUUACUGGACCGAUCGUGGCGCGCAUCCGUCUGGUAAUACACUGAGUAAGGCAUAUGUUGGUGGAAAAAGUCCUCGGCUGCAGAUUUUGGCACGGCAGUUUCAUGAAGCUAUUGGAUUGAAAGUGGAUUCAAUCAACCAGCAAGUCUAUGUCACUGACUUAGGCGGUAGUCUGUAUCGAGUCAGUAUGAAUGGGGGUGGAAAGGAAGUUAUACAUCGUGGUGAUGGUUUCUACACUGGCAUCACUCUGAUCUAA